UGCCCACGCCACGUGACGGGGAGCGCUGGGCAGCCGGCUGGCAGGCGCACUUCACCCCGUGGGCGCGAUGUGGGUCAGCAGCGUGUGGCGCGCGACACUGUCACCCGGCCGCCGCGCGCAGUCAGCGCUGGCGCAGCUGCGCGGCAUCGUGGAGGGCGAGCUGGAAGGGAUCCGCGGGGCUGGCACCUGGAAGAGUGAGCGGGUGAUCACGUCCCGCCAGGGACCGUGCAUCCGCGUGGACGGAAUCUCCGGAGAAAUCCUCAACUUCUGUGCCAAUAACUACCUGGGCCUGAGCAGUCACCCUGAGGUGAUCCAGGCAGGUGUGCAGGCUCUGGAAGAGUUUGGAGCUGGCCUCAGUUCUACGCGCUUCAUCUGUGGGACCCAGAGCAUCCAUAAGAAUCUAGAAGCCAAGAUAGCCCAUUUCCACCAGCGUGAGGAUGCCAUCCUCUACCCCAGCUGUUUUGAUGCCAACGCCGGCCUAUUUGAGGCUCUGCUGACCCCCGAGGAUGCGGUCCUGUCGGAUGAGCUAAACCAUGCCUCCAUCAUCGACGGCAUCCGGCUGUGCAAGGCCCAUAAGUACCGUUACCGCCACCUGGACAUGGCUGACCUAGAAGCCAAGCUACAAGAGACUCAGAAGCACCGGCUGCGCCUGGUGGCCACAGAUGGAGCCUUCUCCAUGGAUGGCGACAUUGCUCCUCUGCAGGAGAUCUGCCGCCUCGCUGCUCGCUACGGGGCCCUGGUCUUUGUGGAUGAAUGCCACGCCACUGGCUUUCUUGGGCCCACUGGACGGGGCACAGAUGAGCUGCUAGGUGUGAUGGGCCAAGUCACCAUCAUCAACUCCACUCUGGGGAAGGCGCUCGGCGGAGCAUCAGGGGGCUACACCACAGGGCCUGCGCCUCUGGUAUCUCUGCUCCGGCAGCGGUCCCGGCCCUACCUCUUCUCUAACAGCCUGCCCCCUGCUGUUGUCGGCUGCGCAUCUAAGGCCCUGGACCUGCUCAUGGGGAGUAACGCCAUAGUCCAGUCCAUGGCUGCCAAGACCCGGAGGUUCCGCAGUCAGAUGGAAGCUGCUGGCUUCACUGUCUCAGGAGCCGAUCACCCCAUCUGCCCUGUGAUGUUGGGUGACGCCCGGUUGUCUUCUCAAAUGGCAGAUGACAUGUUAAAGAAAGGCAUCUUUGUCAUCGGAUUCAGCUACCCUGUGGUCCCUAAGGGCAAGGCUCGGAUCCGGGUACAGAUCUCAGCAGUACACAGUGAGGAGGACAUUGACCGCUGUGUAGAGGCCUUCGUGGAGGUGGGGCGGCUGCAUGGAGCUCUGCCCUAAGCUCUGGGUAGGGACCAGCAGAGCCAGUGUGCCAUAGUGACAAAGGGGUCCUCUGGUCAGUCCAGACUUCUAGAGCCUGGUUGAAAAUGGGCCUGUACUUGUGGUGGGAGAAACAACAGUGUGAAAAUUGGCUAUGACA